GAGGAAGUACCACAUUCCAUUUCACACCCCCCUCUCUCUAUCUCUCUCUCUCCCCCCUUAGCUGUGCAUCUUAAAUAGAGUUGGAGAGAGAGUAGAGGAACCAUAAAUAAACAAAAAAAAAAGGAAAAAUUGAAGAAAAGAGAGAAAAAAAAUGACAGGAGCCACAGAAGAUAAUCACAAGACACCAACAAUGGAGAAGCAAGAGCCUGAUCAGCUAAUUAAGUACAGUGGUUGGAAAGCCAUGCCUUAUGUUAUAGGAAACGAAACGUGUGAGAAGCUGGGGACUCUGGGCACCGUCGCCAACCUGCUCAUCUACCUCACCACCAUUUACCACGUCAAGAGCGUCACCGCCGCGACGAUGCUCAACCUCUUCUCGGGCACGACCAACAUCACCCCUGUCAUCGGUGCGUUCCUCAGCGACACGUACUUGGGCCGGUACACCACCUUGGGUUUCGCCUCGAUCGCGUCGUUUGUGGGAAUGCUGAUCCUCACCCUCACCGCCACGAUUCGGACUCUGCACCCACCCCACUGCGACAGCUCCGACACCGCCUCCGACCACCACUGUCGUGGCCCGACAACAUUGCAAUUACUCGUCCUCCUCUCGGGCUUUUUCUUCCUCGUCGUCGGCGCGGGGGGCAUUCGGCCGUGCAAUUUGGCGUUCGGGGCGGACCAAUUCGACCCGCGGACCGAAUCGGGCCGGCGCGGCAUCAACAGCUUCUUCAACUGGUACUACUUCACCUUUACGGUCGCGAUGAUGGUGUCCGCGACGGUCAUCAUCUACGUCCAGAGCAACAUCAGCUGGUCCAUCGGCCUCGCGAUCCCGGCCGCGCUCAUGUUCCUGUCCUGCGCCUUCUUUUUCGUGGGGACGCCGAUCUACGUCCGCAUCCCACCCGAGGGGAGCCCCUUCACCAGCUUCGCGCAGGUUGUGGUGGCCGCGAUACGGAAGCGGAGGGUGCAAAAGCCGCCGACAAAGGAGGGAGAGGAGGAGGGGGCCGGCGGGCGGGAUUUGUUCGAUCCGCCGCACCGGAGUGCCCUUGUCACCAAGCUCCCCUACACGGAUCAGUUCAGGUUUCUCGACAAAGCUGCAAUCGUGACUCCGUCCGACGAACUAAAACCGACCGGCGAGGCCGCAAACCGGUGGAGACUAUGCACACUACAGCAAGUCGAGGAGGUGAAGUGCAUCGCGCGAAUCAUCCCGGUGUGGUCGACCGCAAUCGUCUUCUACAUCGCGACAGUUCAGCAAUCGACCUACACCGUGUAUCAGGCCCUCCAGUCGGACCGACGCCUCAUAGGCAAAUUUGAGAUCCCCGCUGCUUCUUUCGUGGUGUUCUCUAUGCUCGCACUUACGGUAUGGAUCCCCAUCUACGACCGCAUUUUAGUGCCCCUGCUCCGGAGACUGACCGGAAAGGACGAGGGCCUUACGCUGCUCCAAAGGAUGGGGAUCGGAAUGGUCCUCGCGGUCGUCGCGAUGGUCGUCGCGGCGCUCGUCGAAGACCGGAGGCGGAGCUACGCGGUCCACAGGCCGCUUCUCGGGGUCACGUCGAGCGGGGGCGGCGUUUCGUCUAUGUCGAGCCUGUGGCUCGCGUUCCAGCUCACGAUCCUCGGCCUCGCCGAGGCUUUCACGGUGAUAAGCCAGGUAGAGUUCAACUACAAGCAGUUUCCGGAGCACAUGAGGAGUGUAGCAGGGGCUCUGCUGUUCCUCGGGUUCGCGCUUUCGAACUACCUGAGCAGUUUAAUGGUGACGAUCGUCCAUCUAACGACCGGGACCGACGGCGAAGAUAACAAUUGGUUAGCGCAAGAUCUGAACAAGGGGAGGUUAGAUUAUUUCUACCUAAUGAUCGCGAUUUUAGGGGUGUUUAACAUGUUCUAUUUUCUUGUUUGCGCAAAGUGGUAUAGAUACAAGGGCUCACUCAGUGCAGGUGAAAUUGCUUUGGAGGGAAAGGAUUCAAAGGUUCCUUUAGUUUAAACUUAAAGUAGUAAAAUAAAAAAUUUGUAUGGAAGUGUUACUUUUUCUCUUUUCUUUUUUUUUUUUUUAAUCAAAAUGUAUUGGCAAUAUGUAAUUUCCACUUUCUCAUGACAUAGGGAAAAUGAGAAAUAAAUCAACAUUAAAUUAGUUUUAUUUUUCUCGAUUUUCCAAACAUGCUGUUUCAGUGAUUCGAACUCACAAUCUUCUACUA